AUGGCGCUGAUGAGGAAGCUCUUCGCUCGGAAGGCCAUGGAUGGACUGUCGCCUGUCUCUGAGCGGGUCUUCGUGUUCAACUCUUGCAUGUCGACCGAAGCACUUGACGAGGACACGCACAAAGAUUACCUGACCAGCACCAUCAUCCAGCUCAAGGGCUCCAACCCGUACGCCUCGCUCAUGGUCAUCAACUUCGCCGCGGCACCGACCGGAACCGAUGCCGUCCACUCCCUCCUCCGGCAGGGCACCACCGCCGUCGUCACCGACUACCCGUCCCGGUACGCCGGCUGCCCGCUGCUCUCCCUCCCGAUGAUACGCACGUUCCUCGGCUCGUGCGUGGACUGGCUCGUGUCCGGACACCAGCGCAAUAUCCUGCUCAUGCACUGCGAUGGCCGCAACGGCGCGGCGUGGCCUGUCCUCGCCUUCGCCAUGGCUAGCCUACUGGUGUAUAUCGAGGAGGCCGCGCCGGAGCAGAGGACUCUGGAUGCGGUGUACGGGAGAGCACCGGUGGAGAUGCUCAGUGCCGGCUCGCCGCUGGAUCCGCGGCCGUCUCAUCUGAGGUAUCUGCAGUAUGUGGCAAGGCUCAGGGACAAGGGCUCCCUGAUUGGCAUCGCCAAGCAGGAGCGCUUCGUCCUGGACUGCCUGAUCUUCAGAGCUGUUCCGGAUUUUGACGGCGGCGGUGGCUGUAGGCCGGUUGUUCGUGUCCACGGCGAGCCGCGUCAGCCGCACACCGAUGCGUCGCCCAAGGUUCUGUUUAGCACACCAAGGAUCAAGCACCAAUUCAAGCACUAUAAGCAGGCAGAUAGCACAGUGAUCAAGGCUGACAUUGGCUGUGACAUACAAGGUGAUGUGGUCAUCGAGUGCAUCCAUGUUGCUGAUGAAAACCAUGAGGAUAUAAUGUUCAGGGUCAUGUUCAACACUUGUUUUCUACGGUCUAACAUGAUGAUUUUCACUCUGGACGACAUUGAUCUGCCAUGGAAUGGCAGCAAGGAGAAGUUUCAACAGGACUUUAAGAUUGAGGUGUUCUUCUCAGAGGUGGAACUAUCAGACAUUGAUGAGAGCCAUGACGAGUGUGAACUUUCAUCACUUGGAAAUGAAGACGAGUUCUAUGACUUUGACGAGAUCUUGAUCGACUCGGAUUUUGAUCUAAAGGAUCAUGAAUGGCAUGGCGAAACUUCACGACAAGGUUACAGUCAAGAGGCAGAUCUCCACACAGAGGGGAGUGAAACCGGAGCUUCAGACAGUGCAAGCGGUAGUUCAGAAGAGAGAGAAGAUGAUGAUGAUAUCGGGGCAUCAGAUAGCGCAAGUAAUAGUUCCGAAGAGAAAGGAGGUAUUAGCACUGAUGAUGAGGCUGGGCUGAUCCAUGGAGCGAAUGUUACUAGACAAAGCAAAGAUCCUAGAUUAGGGAAAACAAGUUAUCUACUGGAAGUUGGAAGCAGCAGUUCUAUUCCACCAAUUGUUCCCACAAGAAGUAUGGAUCAAGAGAUGUCAACUAGUUGCCAAAAUAACAAAAGUGCGCAAGAAGGAGCAAUCCCAGAAGGACUAAUUCCCAUGCAAGAUGGCGGUAGUACAAGUAGUGUCAAUGAAGUCAGCCAAAGUAAGGAAGCAGCAUAUGGAGCCCUUAACCCCCAGCCUUUGAGAAAAACUAGGCAGAAACAAGCUGAUCUACUGGAAGUUGGAAGCAGCAGUUCUAUUCCGCCAAUUGUCCCCACAAGUAAUAUGGAUGAAGAGAUGCCAAUUAGUUCUCAAAUUAACACAAGUGCACAUGGAGCAGUCCCUGAAGGACAGAUUCCAAUGCAAGAAGGCGGCAAUGAAGUCAGCCAAAGCAAUGAGGCAGCAUAUGGAGACCUAAACCACCAGCCUAUGAGAAAAACUAGACAGAAACAAGCUGCCAUUAUCUCACCAGUUCCCAUCAUUAGAAAGAAAAUCAGGAAAGAUACCGGAUCAGAUGAUAAGAAUCCUGCAAUAUCAAAUAGAGUAGCCUCACAACAGGGGGCACUUGUUGCUACUUCUAGCUCCAGGGGCAGUACGCCUCAAGCAAAGACAACUUCAUCUCCUCCCAAAGAAUAUGACAUUGCUAACAGGUUGAAGCAAGGGGCAGCUCAAGCAAGACGAACAUCUAACCUUUCUAAGGAACACUUGAAGCAUAGUUCUCAACAACAAGCAAGGGGAGAUCCAACGGCUCAAAAGAAUUUUGCAAAUGGCACUGCCACAAGGUCAGAGGUAAAACAAAUAGUUUUCACCCGGCACACAACUCCAUCUUUUGCACCGAGUCCUCUAGGCCGAGAGCUAAAUCAACAAGACAGCAAAGGCAGCCAUAGUCCAUUGGAUAAAAAUAAGAAACCAGUUACUCGUCCCUCUGAGAACCCUAUGACUGGGAAAACACAAAAACAAGAGGCAACAGUAUCAUCAGUCGUAGACACUCCUCGUCGAACAGCCGUUAUGAAGAAAUCCCUGUCGUUGCCAGUAAUCUCAGAAACGGCAACUAUUGCUUCCUCAGGAAAGAUCAGGACUAUGACUUCACUCCCUGGUGUCAACACAUCUCGUCCUAGCUCCGGAUUUCACAUAGCUGCUUCUUCGUCGUCACCCCGAGCAAAUAAACAUGGCAUAUCACCGCCUUCUUCUCCAGGAAGAUCGCCACCGGCUGGUUCCAAAGCCCACGAGCGAGUGCCGGUUGCUCGGCCAGAUAUGCAGCAGGGAACAUCAGCUCCAGUCAGGUUGCCUCGCCGUGCAUCACUCAGCGAGUUAUCCAAAUCUCUAUCAACCCCUAGAGCGAGCGAUGGACACUCCCCAUCGCCAAAAACAUCUAGAGUGAUCCAGAACCAUCCAGAACCAUCCAGAGCCAGUGCCAGAAGUUUGUCCCCUCUAUCGCCAAAAUCAACAAGAACACAUCCAUCAACAAAGAGCACAGUUACCCAUUCCAGCUCCAAAGACAAUAACAGAACUGGAGCUGCACCAGCAAGGCCAACAAGAUUAAGUUCCUGAGUUCUGCUCCAGAAUGUAUUUGUAAUCACAAUGUCACAUAGUACCUCAGUUCCCUAACAACAAACACUGAGCUGUUGAGCAUGGAGACUGUUGGGGGGUGUUGAUAACUGGAACAGCUUCAUGGCUUGUGAUUCCUUUGGUUAGCUCGUGAU